AUGUACUCGCUUGUGGACCCUGUCAUUCGCGUUGCCUUCACAGAAGACCCUCCUUUCAAAGACGUCGUCGUCGUUCGAGGUGUCCUUGCAGAACCGAAUCAAGAAUCUCUCGAAGUAGUUGAAGUUCCGCUCCUCAGGUUCGACCAGUCGAAUACGGAAUAUCCAGCUGUCGAGACAGUCGUCGGUGCUACAGCCCUGCUUAAACAAAAGAACAUCACGAUCCUCGACCAGGACGGCACUGAAUCCGAUUAUAUCGUCUUCUACCAGGAAGGAGGCAACCUUCCGAAGAAUCUGGCUCUCACCGAACGCUACGCCUCGUCGCCAGUAGCCGGCGCAGUCAUCGUCAUGAAGUUCUCUCGAGGGCUCAAUCCAAGAUUUGUCCACGUCUUUGAAGACAAGGGUCCUUUGCAGGAUGGUGGUAUAAAGGCUUUGGAUACCGUGCUCGAAACGUAA